AUGGCUCCUCGCCGGCACUUGGCCACCUCUGCGAUGGACCGGCCGUUGAACGAGGGCCUCACCCGCUGCUGUGUGCCCACCGGGGAAUGCCUGAGGGCCCAGCAACAUCAGCACCCUUCCAUACCCAUUCACACCAACAACAAUGACCCGAUGAUCAUCUCCUUGGAUGACCUCAGGGACACAGUGAGAGUGACGUGCAACAAUGAACUGUGUACGGCUGGACGAUACAUGCAUCGCGAGUGCUUUGACCAAUGGGAACAGUCUGUGCUCGCUUAUUUGAAGACUUGCGGAAGGGCUCGCUCCUGGUCCGAACGCCAACGCCACCAGAACUUGUGGACCAAGAAAGGCUACGACCUGGCAUACAAAGCCUGCGCCUGCAAGUGUGCUCGCGGCCAUCUGAAGAAAGACUUGGACUGGAUGCCACCUCCACCGACGAGCAACAUUUUUGGUCGCGUGGAAGAAGUCGAUGUUGGUAAGAAGAAGAAAAGGCGCAACAAGCAGAACAAACUUGUUUUUACCCAACCGAUUGGGAACGAGAUGAACUCUAGAGCUAGAGCCGGCAGUUUAUCGUGUUCCAGUACCGGGUCCUCCUCACCACCGACUUCUGGAAGUGAGCCCAGCGUGUCUCCGGUUCAUCACGGUAACCAUACCAUGCAGCACUCCAAGAAGAAGACCAAGAUGGAACUGCCAGAACGAAUUCGGUAA